GGAGUCGGACCUGGGGCCCAAGUUGUCUAACAGUCACAUGCGGGCGCUAAAUGCACGCACUCGAUUUUUCGAGGCAAUUUUUUCCCGCCAUUUUUUCUAAAGCAAAAAAACCCAGUUUACUCUUUUAUACUCUCCUCGAAACCUAAACCGACAAACCCUAAUUUCUAGAUUGGCAAUGGAAGAAGAAAUAAAGGCUGAAUUCACGAGAAGUGGGUACAUUCUCGAUGACGAGGAAGAAAUUUGCAAGCAAUGUCUGACUUUUUGUAUACAGUACAAGCUCAGCCCUUCGGAUCUCGUCUCCAGCUGGGAUGUUUACUCUCUAAACAGGGGCUUAGAACUUAUGGUGCAAACUGCACAUAUGGGUGCAUUCUUACAGCAACUCCAGAACGAACAGCGGGACAAAGUUAUAGCAAGAGAGUCUAGCUUGCAUAUGUACUCCAAUGAUGUCGCCAUGUUACUGAAUGAUGAAGAUGAGGACGUAAAAGACGGCAUUCUUGAUACACCCACUGAUAAAUCUGCUAGGGCAACUGAGGAGCUGUUUGAUUCGGCACAAAAAAUGAGGGGGAGCUUAUUUGCCUCUGGGAAGCAUCUAGAAUCAGUGACUCCUUUUGGGCAAAGAAAGAACAAGUUUGUGGUGCAAUCCACACUUAAUGAGCAUCCGAAUAUACAGACCAUUAAAGAAGAACAUGAUCAUGCAAAUUCCGAGGAUGAUAUUAUAAAGAGAGUUCAACCCAACAAACGCUGUUCCUUGCUAAUUAAUAAAUCUCAUCCCAAGCCCGGUUGUAGAUUCAUGUAUGACAGAAUUGAAGACAAGUUCAAUUUCCUGGAAAACUGCAUAAAUAAUCAUGCAACGACAUUUGUCUCUUCUGGGCGAUAUGAGGAAAUAAUGGACCCUUCCAUUGCCUCUCAGAAAAGUGUUUUUUCCGUUGGCAUGAUCUGUUGUGAGGAAGAAGGUCGCUUGAAGGAAAAGCCUAUUUUGUUGCAAAGCAGUGUUGAGCAUUCUGGAGGACAACGUGUGCGUCUCGACUUGCAGAAAUUAAACCAGUUUUCCAUUUUCCCAGGCCAGGUGGUGGGUAUUGAAGGGCAUAAUCCCAGUGGACACUGUCUAAUUGCAUCAAAAAUUGUUGACUGUGUCCCCUUAUCAGUUUCUUUGAAUGAUAAUCUCCCUCCGGGAAAGAAACAAGCCAUGGAUAAGGAUCUUCAUUCAAUAGUUCCCUCUCAGGAAUCUAGAGAGCUCUCAUUGAUUGUUGCUGCAGGUCCUUUUACCACAACAGAUAACCUAUUGUUUGAGCCUCUAUCAGAGCUUCUAGCCUAUGCACAACGAAAGCAGCCUCAAUUGCUUGUACUGUUAGGGCCAUUUAUUGAUUCUGACCAUCCCGAGAUUAAGAAAGGAUCUGUGCAUCUAACUUUUGAUGAAAUGUUUCACCUUCAAAUCCUAGGGAAGCUUCAAGAUUACGUUGAAUAUAUGGGUUCCACAGCACGCGUGAUUCUCAUGCCAUCAGUCCGGGAUGCUAAUCAUGACUUUGUUUUUCCUCAGCCUGCUUUCGAUAUUCAACCAAUAGAUUUCAAUUAUCAGAUACAUAGUGUCUCUAAUCCAGGAAUUUUCUCUGCAAAUGAGGUUAAAGUAGCUUGCUGCACUGUGGAUAUACUAAAACAACUUAGUGCAGAGGAAAUCUCUCGAAAUCCACGAGGGGGGUCCAAGCAACGAAUGACUAAUCUUGCAAAUCACAUCUUGAAACAACGCAGCUUCUAUCCUCUAUAUCCACCGGCAGAAGAAGUUCCUUUGGAUUUUUCUCUUGCAUGGGAAGCUCUUCACAUUUCAUCAGUUCCAGACAUACUCAUUUUACCUUCAGAUUUGGCUCACUUCGUGAAGAUACUCUCCAUUGAGGGCGAAAGUGAAGAACCCGUAAAGUGCAUUUGUGUUAAUCCAGGGAAACUGGCUAGAGGUGAAGGCGGCGGCUUUUUUGUAGAGAUUAACUACAAAGAAAAUCCUGACUUGGCUAGUGCUUCAGUAAUCCGGAUAUAGGCUGUGUUUUAUCCAGACAGAUGAAUUUUCCCAUUACAAUGAUCUAUGUAAUUUAAGGAUCCAAGAUACAGUUAUAGAAAUUUAUUGAGAUCCACAAAACAAGUAUACACUGAUUUAAACUUUUAGAUAACGUGGUUGAUUUACUCAUUCAACCAAUUUGUUCAUGAAAUAUUGGCGAGAUGGGAUAUGCUACAAGUAUGAUAUAAUGUCACUUGGGCAUUAUACG